AUGGUGAUGAACUCAGUAAAAGGUGAUAUUUUGAUUGCUGGGGGUUACCAAAUCAGGAGUGUUGAAAUAUUUUCAUGGAAAGAGGAGAAAUGGUUUAACAUUGCAUCAAUGGAAAAUGAACACAGUUAUGCUUCAUCAUUUAUUUAUAAUGAUAAUUUAUUUGUUGUUGGAGGUAAUGAAUGCACGUCAAUUGAGACAUUGAAUUUUAAACAGUUUCCUUUGACAUGGAGGAUAUUUCCUGCAAAGCUUCCUUAUGGAUUUAAUGGUCAUCAAACUGUUGUUUCUAAACAACAUAUCUUUCUCAUUGGAGGAUACAUUGUUGAUAAAGGACCAUCAGAUUUAAUCAGUGAAAUAACAAUAACAGGUACAACAUCUUAUGUUUUGAAAAGGUUGUGUCAUAUGCCUGAACCACAGGAUGGCCAUGGAGCUGUUGUUGUUGAUGAUAAAGUUCUUAUUUUUGGAGGAGAGGAAAAAGAUGGCAAAGUUUUGUCCAGUGUUUUGGAGUUUAACCCAAGGACUCUUACAUUUAAGGAAAUGCCUCCAUUACCUCAUCCAUUAAAUGCAAUGGCAACAGUUCGAUGGAGAGAUCAAGUUGUUCUUCUUGGAGGUUAUGAUAUAGAAGAAAGUUUGAACAGUGUUAUCAUGUAUGACAAUAAGACAGGUAAGAUUACAGUCUUACCAUCCAUGUUGGAAAAGAGAACAUGGUGUUGUGCAGUUAUAACUGGUGAUACAAUUGUUGUCAUGGGAGGUUGGGAUGAUAAAGGUGAAGGUCUUAAAUCAGUGGAGUGUUUUAAAAUGGGAAGCAGUUCUUCAUGGACAUAUCUUCCUUCAAUGAAUGAACCACGAUAUGGAGCCAUUGCUGAAAUUUUACCUUUUGGGCAAAAUUAUUUAUAA